AAGCAGGGCAAGCAGGGCCGUGCGAGGGCAAGGUUCUGCCUUGCCGGGCCAAGCCUGUGAGUUUGGCCACCGUUGCUGUCUGCCAUGGAUGAGUGGAGCCUGAAGAAACGGAAAGAGGACAAGAUUUGCGCACUGGGUCUUCAUAGUCCUGGUGCUGAGAAAAUCAACGCAAUCAACGCCCGGAGAGCUGAACUUCUGCGUGAACAGAAGGCUUUGGCAAAAGGCCUUCGGCGUCUCGUGGGUGAGGACAUUGUCGUCCAGAGAGGCAAUGUAAAGGCACAGCAGGUUGCUGUCAAGAAGUCCCGUCAGCUCUUUGCACCAAUGGAGUGUCAUCAUGCCAAGCUGCCGAGUGAAGAAACAGAGGGGUUGGCGCAGACGCUGCAAAGCGUUCUCAGAGUUUCGCAGGAGUUGGACACUUUACAGAAGGAGGUGCAGCAGCUGCAGAAGGCUGAAAAGCACGAGCAACAGAACGGCACACAGGCUGUCGCAGUCAACAGUCUGCAUGACUGGUUUGGCAGAUAUGGCGAGCCGCAUCGGCAGUCACAGCCAGAGGAAAUGGCACGCUCAUUCAUUAUGAAGCCACGCAGACUUCCCUUCCUAGGUACGUCAAACGCUGUCACUUUGCGGCCGGGCCACCUCAUCAAAUGAGAGCUCUCUUGGCGUGGAGCAAUGUAGGACACUUUCUAUGACACGAUGGCCUCAACCUGACUGUCUGCGUUGCGCCCAU